AUGAUCUGUCUCGUGGUUCAACAUUUUAACAUCAAUCGAAUUUUGUUGCUUAUCAUUGGUUUAUGGCCUUAUCAAAGAUCGCCUUUAGUUGAACUUCAAUUAAUUUUACUUUAUGGUACUCUAAUGGCUUUUAUCGUAUUUCAAUUGACGACAUUUAUAACAGUGGAAUGUACUCUGGAUCUUAUCUAUAAAGUUUUAUCUUUUGCAUUUCUUUGGCUUUGUUUUGUCAUCAAAUACAAUAUGUUUUGGAUUAAUGCCGAUAUUUUAAGGAGUUCGCUGAAUCAACUUCAAAAUGUGUAUAAUGAGAUAAAAGACAAAAAUGAAAUCGCAAUUAUAGAAAAAUACGGAAGCAGAGCGAAACGUAUUACAAUUGGACUUAUAUCCUAUUUCAAGAGGAAGAAGAAGAAGAAGAAAUCUCGUUCCCAUUCAUCGCCGUAUAUAGUAACAGAAUAUUUUAUUGAUCAAGAAAAAUAUUCCUAUUUAAUUACGCUGCAUAGACACGCAGCAGGUUUCAUCGGCACAAUGGCAAUGACAGCGACAGGAACUAUGCUCUUAACAUAUCUUCAACACACUUGCGCCAUGUUUAAUAUCGCUUGUUAUCGUGUUGAACGGGCGAUUGAUAUUUUACAAAAAGGUGGUUUGAAAAAUGAGCAAAAGAGUUAUGAAGAAAUAAUUCGCGCUGUAAAUAUUCAUCGCGAAGCUAUGAAGCUUAGCAAUUUUAUAAUAUCCAGUAUUGAGGGAUCAUUUUUUUUCUUGAUAGCCGCAGGCAUGGUUUGCCUGAGCUGUAACCUCCUUCUGGUCGCGUCAUUGACGAAUAACAUUGGACAACGUUUAUUAUCUCUAACUAUUGUAUUUGUCCUCUAUAUGUAUAUGUUUCUAUCCAAUUACACUGCCCAAGAUGUUACGGAUCACAAUGAAUAUGUGUUUGCUACAAUAUACAAGGUGCGUUGGUAUAUAGCUCCAAUACGUAUACAGAAGAUGAUACUUUUUCUGUUACAAAGGGGUACUAUAGAUUUCAAUAUUCUUGGUGGAAUAUUUGUAGCGUCCUUGCAAAGUGCCGCUUCGCUGGCGAGUACUUCUAUAUCAUACUUCACCGUUCUUUAUUCUACCCGGCAAAAUUAA